AUGAAGUGGGAUUUGACUAAACAAAACGACUUAGGAACUUCGAAAGAAAUACAAAACGAUCUACUGGAUUGUAUUCUUGAAGUUUGUCAUGAAGAAAUAAUAAAACAGAUUAACAGAGCCUCGUAUUUGGCGAUAGUAGCAGCUGAAACAACGGACAUUUCGGGGAAAACCCAACUGGUAACAAUUUUCAGAUAUGUAUUUAACGGCGAACCAGUAGAACGUUUUUGGAAUUAUAUGAAUCCCGAAAAAUGUGACACGCUGAUACUCUCACAAGACAUAUUUUGA